UCCCAGCGAAACCCCACCACAAGCACCACCCCACUCCCCCGAGAAUCACCCAUGGCCCCCAAGGCGGAGAAGAAGCCGGCGGCCAAGAAGCCCGUCGAGGAGGAGCCAGCGGCGGAGAAGACACCCGCCGGCAAGAAGCCCAAGGCCGAGAAGCGGCUGCCGGCCGGCAAGAGCGCCUCCAAGGAGGGCGGCGAGAAGAAGGGGAAGAAGAAGGCCAAGAAGAGCGUCGAGACCUACAAGAUCUACAUCUUCAAGGUGCUCAAGCAGGUGCACCCCGACAUCGGCAUCUCCUCCAAGGCCAUGUCCAUCAUGAACUCCUUCAUCAACGACAUAUUUGAGAAGCUCGCCGGCGAGUCCGCCAAGCUGGCGCGGUACAACAAGAAGCCCACCAUCACCUCCAGGGAGAUCCAGACCUCGGUGCGCCUCGUCCUCCCCGGCGAGCUCGCCAAGCACGCCGUCUCUGAGGGCACCAAGGCCGUCACCAAGUUCACCUCCGCCUAGACUGGUCUUGGUUCUCCUAGAUUCCCCCAGUUUCGUCUGGGUUCACUGUCGGUUUCUGGGUUCAGUUGUAUGAUGUAGUUAGCUGUUCGUAUUUGUUCUGAAUGUCGUCAUAUUAUAGGAAGUGUGCUAGUUGUGGCAACAAAACUGUUUUUCCGAUCUGAAGAAAUAGUAAUGUUGAUGCA